AUGGUCUGUUUAGAACUGCAGAUUGAAUUGGGGCAGGAUCAGAGUACUGCCUUUCGAAUGCGAGUUGAACCAUUUUGUGAUCAUUCCCAGGGAAUUUUAUCUAGAAUAACAACAGAAGAUUUGUAUGAGCUUAGCGUAAUUAAAAAGUCAAGGACGUGGUUACCUCUG